GCCAAACGCCAAAUCUGUCCCCGCGUAGCCUCCGCGGCCGGGGCGGCCGCCCAGCCCGAGGCGCGCCUGCGCACGUCCCCACGCACGCUCCGGCGUACGGCGGCGGCCAGGGGUCGCGAGCCGGUGGAAGACCCGCGCGCGCGGAGCAGCCCGGGGAGUAGGCGCUUCUUUCCCUCCCUCCCCCCCCACUCCCCUCCCCGCUCCCUUCCCCCCUCCCCAAGAAUGUUCCGCUACGAGUCUUUGGAGGAUUGUCCUCUGGAUGAAGAUGAGGAUGCUUUUCAGGGCCUAGGAGAAGAAGAUGAAGAAAUUGAUCAAUUCAAUGAUGAUACAUUUGGGUCAGGUGCAGUUGAUGAUGAUUGGCAGGAAGCACAUGAGCGCUUGGCUGAGCUGGAAGAGAAGCUUCCUGUGACAGCCGAUGAACAAACAGGCAAUGGAGAAAGGGAUGAGAUGGACUUGUUGGGUGACCAUGAGGAGAAUUUAGCAGAAAGGCUCAGUAAGAUGGUGAUUGAAAAUGAGCUAGAAGAUCCUGCUAUCAUGAGGGCAGUGCAGACCAGGCCGGUUUUACAACCACAACCCGGAAGUCUGAAUUCUAGCAUCUGGGAUGGAUCUGAAGUUCUGAGGCGAAUCCGUGGACCAUUACUUGCUCAGGAAAUGCCUACAGUGUCUGUAUUAGAAUAUGCCUUGCCUCAGAGGCCCUCCCAGGGCCCAGAAGAUGAUCGGGACCCUUCUGAGCGAGCUUUACCAAGGCGAUCAACAUCACCUGUCAUUGGAAGUCCUCCUGUUAGAGCUGUUCCUAUAGGCACCCCACCUAAGCAGAUGGCUGUUCCCAGCUUCAACCAACAGAUUCUAUGUCCGAAGCCUGUUCAUGUUCGGCCCCCAAUGCCACCACGUUAUCCUGCUCCCUAUGGUGAGAGGAUGUCUCCAAACCAGCUUUGCAGUGUCCCGAACUCCUCCCUCCUGGGCCACCCCUUUCCUCCUAGUGUUCCUCCUGUACUCAGUCCCCUGCAGAGAGCACAGCUUCUUGGAGGAGCACAGCUACAGCCUGGACGGAUGUCUCCCAGCCAGUUUGCACGAGUCCCUGGAUUUGUUGGUAGCCCACUGGCUGCCAUGAAUCCUAAGUUGCUACAAGGGCGAGUUGGGCAGAUGCUUCCCCCAGCACCAGGCUUCCGUGCCUUCUUUAGUGCUCCACCCCCUGCUACGCCACCUCCACAGCAGCAUCCUCCUGGCCCAGGACCUCACCUGCAAAACCUAAGACCUCAGGCCCCAAUGUUUAGACCGGACACAACUCACCUUCACCCACAGCACCGGCGCCUGUUGCAUCAGAGGCAGCAGCAGAGUAGAAAUCAGCAUCGGAAUCUCAACGGUGCCGGAGACAGAGGAAGUCACCGGGCCAGUCAUCAAGAUCAUCUCCGGAAGGAUCCAUAUGCUAAUCUCAUGUUGCAGCGGGAAAAGGAUUGGGUCUCUAAAAUCCAGAUGAUGCAGCUGCAGAGCACUGAUCCCUACCUGGAUGAUUUCUAUUACCAGAAUUACUUUGAAAAACUGGAGAAAUUGUCAGCUGCUGAAGAAAUACAAGGUGAUGGCCCUAAGAAGGAGCGUACCAAGCUCAUCACCCCCCAGGUGGCCAAACUGGAGCACGCGUAUAAGCCUGUGCAGUUUGAGGGCUCUUUGGGGAAGCUUACUGUCUCUAGUGUGAAUAAUCCUCGAAAGAUGAUCGAUGCUGUUGUGACAUCUCGGAGUGAGGAUGAUGAAACAAAAGAAAAACAAGUUCGGGACAAGAGAAGAAAAACCCUUGUCAUAAUUGAGAAAACCUAUAGUUUACUCCUUGAUGUGGAGGAUUAUGAAAGACGCUAUCUCCUAAGUCUAGAAGAAGAGCGGCCUGCCCUGAUGGAUGAGAGAAAGCACAAAAUCUGUAGCAUGUAUGACAACCUGAGGGGCAAAAUGCCUGGACAAGAGAGGCCAAGUGAUGACCACUUUGUACAGAUCAUGUGUAUCCGAAAAGGGAAGAGAAUGGUUGCCCGUAUUCUCCCUUUCCUCUCCACAGAGCAAGCAGCUGACAUUCUCAUGGCAACUGCUAGGAACCUCCCUUUCCUUAUCAAGAAGGACGCACAAGAUGAGGUGCUGCCAUGCUUACUGAGUCCCUUCUCUCUCCUCCUCUAUCAUCUUCCUUCAGUGACUGUCACCAGCCUUCUGCAACAGCUAAUGAACCUACCUCAAAGUGCAACUGCACCAGCACCCUCCAAUCCUCACCUCACUGCUGUGCUCCAGAACAAGUUUGGCUUGUCACUACUCCUAAUCCUCCUAAGCCGUGGGGAAGACCUACAGAGUUCAGACCCUGCUAUAGAAUCAACGCAAAAUAACCAAUGGACAGAGGUGAUGUUCAUGGCAACCCGAGAACUGCUACGGAUCCCCCAAGCAGCCCUGGCCAAGCCAAUCUCUAUACCCACAAAUUUAGUGUCCCUUUUCUCUCGCUAUGUUGACCGGCAGAAACUGAACUUGCUGGAGACAAAACUGCAGCUGGUUCAGGGGAUACGAUAAAAGAUCUCCAGUGUGUCCUGUACCUCCUUUUGGCUGCCACCUGCACUGCUGCCAUCACCAAUGGAGUGUUUUUAAUGAGGGAGGGAGGUAGCUUAUGGCCCAAAGCAAGUCCUGUGGGAGUGAUUCCUGUUUUUAGAGGUUAGCUCUGAAUGCCAGGUAUUUUCCCGCUGCUCUGAUAUUUCUGCUGGGUGAUACUUCUGCUGGUUUCUUUUAUCUUCUGUGUUACACUUUUGCAUGUCCUACUUUUACUCAAUUCCUCUCAAUUUUGCAUUUUAUUUGCCCUAGAGACACAAAUAUAAUGUCCCUUUAUCCCAUCACCACUAUUACAAUUCAAAGUAGGUUGUAGUUGACCAAAGGGCUCCUCCCCCCUUUGAGUCUUUUUUUCAUCUUCCCUUAUUAAUAUGACUAUAGGAGAGCCAAAAUUAAAUAGAAGUCAAGAUAAUAGGUAAAUAUACACACCUACACAUACAUUCAUGUGGUCUCCAGAGGGUCCUUAAAUAAUGAGUUUUAGUUUGAAAAAUAUUUAAUUGACAUAUACCUCUAAAAAUAAACCAGCUGAUAAAUUUUUAGUCUGUUUCUGUUCCAUCUUGUAAUUUCGUGGAUUCUACUUUUUUAAUAUAUAAAUACAGGGUACACAGCACAUUACAUUAAAUCAAACAUGUUAAUUGGCUAAUGCCCAGCUCUAGGAUGAAAGGACUUUCUUUCUCCCUACCUGUAUUUCCUUUGUUCCUGACCACCAUAAUGGAAACAGCACACACACGGUUAAGCCUUUCCUGUGAUGACUACAGCGUGCUUGAGUCUGUCCCCUCAAGUGCAUUCAAGAGUACCCAAGAUGAGCCUCAUGUAGAGCCUGCUUCUGCAGCGUAGCUUUUGCGCACCUGCACUGUCUUCCUGACGUGACUUCUGUAAGCCAUGCCUCUGCUUCUCUUCCCCAUUUUUCUUUAGUGUCUUGGGUUGAAACCUACAAAUGUAGCCAUGGCUGUUAGGCUUGGGCUGUGCUGCUCCUCAGUCUCCUUUGCCCUGGAGCAGACCUGCUGUCCUGGCUGCUGAGUCUCACCCGAGUCCCAUCCAUGGGCAGCUGGGGCCUGGCUUUCACUCAGCUUUCUUCCCUUAAGCAAUCACCAGGAUAAAGGACUCUGCUCCCUAGUGGUUGCAGUUCUGGAAAAAACUAAAUUGAAUUUAUUUUAUAUCCCCAUCCUGAUCCUACUUUCUGCUGUUCUCACCCUUUUGAAUGUAGUCGGGGACAGGCUAUGAUAUCUAAAGAGAAUAAAUGUUUUGCACAUACAUGUAAAGCCCUCCGUUACAACCACCUGUCUUUGUUCUCAUCUCCAUUUCUUUCUCAUUCUGUGACCUCAGGCUCCACCGUCUGCUUCCCCAGUGACAGUCCCUAGCUUCCCUCUGCCAUCUACUGACUGUCUCCACUGAGCCUUUCCUACCUUCCCUUCACACCUGAUCAAGUAAACACUUGAUUAUUUUUUCUUCCUUAUUGUGCUUUUUGUUCAGUUCUAAUUAAUAAAAAUAAAAGUUUCUAAAUUUACAUUUUUAUAGGGUAUUGUAAAUAAAAACAAAUUGUAUACUUGAAAA